AUGUAUGCCUUCUACUCGCUCCUGGUCUACAUCUUUUACACCCUCUUUCGAAGGGAUGGGGAGGGAGCAGCUGCAGCAGCUCAAGCCCGGGACCCCUCACAGGGUGCUGGCUCUCUCCCCAGAAAUAGCCGCAGCCGCUGCCGCCGCCGCCGCCGCCACCACCGACUGCAACAAGAUCUCUGGACUGAGCUGAAUGGCCUAGACAGUUCUUCAGACCCAGACUCUGAGAAUGACAGGGAUGGGAAACAGGAGGUGCCAGCUGAGGGAGCUGCAGGCAGCUCCCCAGAGGUCUCCCUGGAAGAAGCCAUCACCCACCUGGCUGAAUUCCUGUCUCUCCAGCUGGGGACAGGUGAAGGCUGGACAAGAUCUGUGGACCCAGACAAGGCUUCCUUGCUGCUGACACUGACUGGGCAGCUCCUGGCAGUGGUAGCCUGGCUGCAAGGGCCAGGUGAGAAUCGACCCCCAAGGCUCCAGCAUGGCCUCCAGCAUCAGCUUUCUGGAUCUCAGCAGAGUGGGACCCCAGCCCCUGCUACAACUCCAACUUCAUCUUCAGGAGGGCAGCCCUUAGCCCCAGAUGGCCUAAGGGUAGCCACGAGGGUUGAGCCUAAGGGGCAACCCCAGCAGAGGGAAGAGGAACAUAGAGACUGGCAGUGGCUGGAGGGGACCACCCUGGGGCAGAUAGAGGAACUUAAGCAACAGCUGGAACACCAGGAGGAGGAACUGAGCCGACUUCGGCUGGGAGUGGGGGUAACAGACUCUGAGAAGCGGAUUCAGCACCUGACACUGGAGAAUGAGGCCCUGAAACAGAGCCUGAGCCUUACCAGGGACCUGCUGCUCCAGUGGGGGCCUGGGCCCCUUGUCCGGACUCCCUCCCCUGCCCAGGAGGAGGCAGAGGUCCUGGUGGAGCUUAGGAGUCGGCUGAGAGAGACUGAAGAAACCACAGAGACCCUCAGGGCCCAGCUAGGAGUACAGGAAGGGCAGCUGUGGGAGCUUCAGGGCGCCCUUAGAGAGCUGCAGCUCGAGGCAGCUGUCCAGGAGUCUGAGCGGAGAAACAGGAGGGAGCUGAAGCAGAUCCUGAGCCAACUGGCAGGACUUCGAGGGCACAUAGUUGCCUUGCGCCAGGGCUGCGGGGACCUUCGUGGGCUGGUCAUUGCCUUCGCCCAGAACUACCAGGGGGCUCUGAAGGAGGCCCAAGGACAGGUGUGCUGGGCCUUGGGGGAACUGUCAGGCAGUCAGUGGGGAAGGAGAGUGCCUGAAGAGCGUAAGAAACCCAGAAGAGCUUAUCAGGGCCGACUGCUGGAACUCAGAGGGAACAUCAGAGUGCUGUGCAGGCUGAAGCCAGGGAGCCCUGGGAACCUGCUGAAUGUGAACCCAGGCCCUGGGGGCACAAUCACUGCUAACUACAGAGGGCGCCAGCGUCACUUCCGCCUAGACCGUGUAUUUCCACCUGAUGCUACCCAAGAGGAGGUGUUUAGGGAGCUAGAACCUGCCGUGCUGUCCUGUCUCCAAGGUUAUAGCGUCUGCAUUUUCACCUAUGGUCAAACUGGGACUGGCAAGACCUACAGCAUGGAGGGUCCUCUAGAGGACCCAGGCAUUGCCCCAAGAGCCCUACAGUCACUCUUCCGGGAGAUGGGGGCACAGGGAGGGCCAAGACAGCACCGUGUGACAGUCAGCAUGGUAGAGAUCUACAAUGAGGCUGUGAGGGAUCUCCUGGCCUCAGGACCCCCUGAGCGCCUUUCAGUGCGUCAGGGACCAGAGGGCUGUGGGGGAAUCCAUGUGCCUGGCCUCACCUGCUGGGAUGUGUCUGAUCUAAGAGCUCUGCACAAGAUGCUGAAUCUGGGGAGGCGAAACCGAGCCACAGCUGCCACCCACAUGAAUGAGCACAGCUCUCGUUCCCAUGCCUUGGUCACCCUGACAUUGACCACUGCCCCCCCUCCUCAUGGCCCAGGAACUGCAGGGACGCUACACCUGGUGGACCUGGCAGGCUCUGAGCGGGUGUGGAAGGCGGUGAUGACGGAGUCCAGUGGCAAGGCUGGGGUCCGGGGCCGGAGGCUGCGGGAAGCGCAGACCAUCAACCGCUCGCUGCUGGCCCUGGGGGGCGUGAUGGCCGCGCUCCGGGCACGUCAGCCCCAUGUUCCUUUUCGAGACUCCCAGCUCACCCGGCUGCUGCAACCCGCGCUGGGCCCGGGAGCCACGGCUGUAAUGCUGGUGCAGAUCUCAUCACGCCCAGAGGAUGUGGGGGAGACGGUGUGCUCCCUGAAGUUCGCUGAACGUGUGAGCCAAGUGGAGCUGGGACCCGCCCGGCGCCACAGGACCCCAACGUCACCUAGCACCGAGGGCACUCCUUCCUUGGGGACCCCCACCACACCUGGCUCUGAGGGGAUCUCCCCACAAGCAGAGCAGCCCUCUCCCUCUGCGGGACUCCCUCCUCUGUAACCCCAUUUUGUGUCCUGACAGCCCAUGCUAAGGACUAGGGGAGACCCUCAGCGGGCUGGGACUGAGGGCUGUACAUUUCCCAAGAUACUGAAAUAAAAAAGGUCUGCCCUCAAAUGCAGAGGUAGCCUCCCUGGAGGCUAGGGACUCCCCAACUCCAAACUCUUAUCCAUUCCCUUUGGAUGGGGGCGAACCUCUCAUAGAUCCCAACCCUGCCAUCUCACAUCUUCCUUCUCUCCCCACCCCUUAUCAAACCCUUGCUCUUAUCAGCCUCGCCCAGCAGGGUGCCCAGACCCCACAGGAAGGGGGAGGGGAGACCUCAGCUGUGACCACCACCCCCAAUCACAGACUCUGGGUUUUAAAGUGUCUCAGUCCUUUAUUGCCUCUAUCCCUGUGUGCCCUGACCCCCGACAAGCCCUGAGGCUCUGGAGCAACCAGCUCACAUCCCUUUUCUCUACCCCUGCCCCCCACAACAAAGGUGCUAGUUCCUCCCCUCCCCAAGCCCAAGGGAGGGGCCAUAGGCAGUGUCCCAGCCUCUUCUUUCAGCCCAGAGAUAAUAUAAACUGGAGAACAGACAGGACCUGAUGGAUGAAGGGGGGAAAACGUGAUAGGAAAGAGUAUAAUGCUGAAGUUGGAGGGGGGCAGGGAUAGUGGAAAGAAUUCUAGGUCCUAUCAGGAAAAUUGGGUUGGGGGUCUCAGUUUUGGCUCUAACUCAUUGGAUGACCUUAGGUAAUUCCUUCCCCUCAAUGAACUUGUUUUUUUUUUUUCUCUGCAAAAUCAAGGGGUUAAACUCUUGUGAUCUCAAAGGUCCUUCCCAGUUCUAAGAUUCUGUGACAAAUGGACUGUCCCCAGGACUCCAACCAGGAUCCAACUACAAAGUGAGUCUCUUCCUCACUGUCUCUCUCCCUCUGGGAAGCCAUGGCAGUAUCAUUCCACAAGGGAAGCGGUUCUAAUAAAAUUUUCAAAAGAC